AUGAACCGCAAGCAAGCCGUUGCAACCAACUCUGAACGCCAUGCUAAUCAAGUAGAAGGAAAGUCCGUAACCCAAUCGCAACUUGACAUCAAUUCCAAGUCCAUCCUGGAUUAUACCGCGACCGAAAUCCCCAGUAUUGACGGUUUCAACCAGUAUAUGCCUGGCUCUUCCGUCGGAAUGUCAACCGUCAAGAUCACAAGCGACCUCGAGUCAUAUCUGGCUUCACUCCGAUCGUAUCUAGCCAGCAAUGACUUCGCGGCAUCCCAACUUGAGGACAAAGAAAACGAAGACCACUCAAAAUCAGGCCAGCCGCCAGCUCCAUUGCAACAGUCCCAAAAGCCGAGAGAAUGCAGGCCAUAUGAACAAGUCCGAGUCAAGGGCUCGGCUGCAAACAAUAAUAUGUCCCAUCGCCGGUAG